AUGAACCUUUUAAUCUUUCUUACUUUUUGGGCCCAACAACAAGCGGCACAACUUGCUCAAGUCGUACAGCAACAGCAACAGUUUGCUCAUCCACCUCCUUUGACGAAUCAGGUGUCUGCGCAAGUCUCACAUGGUCAAGGUGAUCUCAACGCUGAAAAUGUCUUCAAAGAAAUGGUGAAUGUGGUAAUGGGUGGUGCAGCGGCUGCACUGGGCACAGCUGUGACACAACAGCCACCACCUUCCAUGCCUGGCGCACCUGGACCAGCUGGACCACCUCCGCAACUUUGGGGCAACACUAAGAUUACUUAUGAUGUGAAGGUAUAUCCAGCCUUUUGA